GAGUUCCGGAAGGUCAUGAGAAGUCAUUCGCCAUUCCACAAACAUGCCCAGAGAGCCCGUGGAGGGGGCAGGCAUGACACAAAAGGAGUAGGCCUUUUGCCCUCAAGCCUGCCCUCAAGCCUCGACGGAGGAAAACCAACUGCAAAGAGAAGAAAUAAAAAACAGGUCCCGAGCUUUCGGAAGUUACUAAAAACUAGUAAAGUCAAACUUGAAAACAAGCUAAAAAAUAAGCAAUUUAAACAACAAAGCACUCUCAAGAAGUACCGGAAAGAACAGAGGAAACUAAGACAAGCUGUAAACGAUGCUGUGUCUAAGAAACCGAUGCCACUGGAGGACCCAAAGAAAAAACGACCAGGUAAAAGGAUUGAGAGGGAAGAGGAGGAAGAAGAGGAAGCCCUUCCUUUGGAUAUGAUGGAUGCAGAUGACUUGCAGUUAAUGAGAGACUUAGGACAAAGAGCAUCUUUUCUAACGAGAGAUCUUUCUUCUAGUGAACCUGUUCACGCCAAGAAACGAAAGCAUGAGCGUGUUAUAGAUAAAUAUGAAAAAAUACCAAGAACUCUGCAAACUGCACCAGAAAAGGAACUGAUUCACUUACUUCCUAUCAAGGAUAAAAGUGGUAUAAUCCCGCAGACCAGGGAGAAGCCAGUUAUAGACAGUAAGCAAGAUGAAGAGGACGAAGAAGAGCUGGAACUUGAGGAAGAAAUCGUUGAAGAUCCCAUUCGAGAACUGACAUUAGAAGAACAUUUGAUUGAGAGAAGGAAGAAACUACAGGAGAAGAAAAUGCAUAUUGCAGCCUUGGCAUCUGCCAUAUUAUCAGACCCAGAAAGUAAUAUUAAAAAAUUGAAAGAACUACGUUCCAUGCUGAUGGAACAGGAUCCUGAUGUGGCUGUCACUGUUCGAAAGCUGGUGGUAAUUUCCCUGUUGGAGUUAUUUAAGGACAUUACUCCUUCAUAUAAAAUACGACCCCUCACAGAAGCAGAAAAAUCUACCAAGAUCCGCAAAGAAACCCAGAAGUUAAGAGAAUUUGAGGAAGGCCUGGUUAGCCAAUAUAAAUUUUAUUUGGAAAAUCUGGAGCAAAUGGUUAAAGACUGGAAGCAAAGGAAACUGAAGAAAAGUAAUGUAGUUUCCUUAAAGGCCUACAAAGGACUGGCAGAAGUGGCUGUGAGGAGCCUGUGUGAGCUGUUGGUGGCACUACCUCAUUUCAACUUUCACAACAACAUUAUUGUGUUGAUUGUCCCUCUCAUGAAUGACGUGUCAAAAUCGAUAUCUGAAAUGUGUUGUGAGGCAGUGAAGAAACUGUUUAAGCAAGAUAAAUUAGGCCAAGCUUCCCUUGGUGUGAUUAAAGUGAUUUCUGGUUUUGUGAAGGGCAGAAAUUACGAAGUUAGGCCAGAGAUGUUAAAGACAUUCUUGUGCUUAAGAAUCAAAGAAAUAGAAGUGAAAAAAGAUACAGAGGACAUUAAUAAACCAAAAAAGUUCAUGACUUUCAAGGAAAAGAGAAAAACUCUAUCAAGAAUGCAGAGAAAGUGGAAGAAAGCAGAAGAGAAGUUGGAGCGAGAGCUUCUGGAGGCAGAAGCUUCAGAGAGCACUGAGAAAAAACUUAAAGUGCACACAGAGACUUUGAAUAUUGUGUUUGUGACCUACUUCAGAAUAUUGAAGAAGGCCCAGAGGUCACCUCUCCUGCCAGCAGUUCUAGAAGGCCUUGCCAAGUUUGCUCACCUUAUAAAUGUGGAGUUUUUUGAUGAUUUAUUAGUAGUAUUGCAUACUCUCAUCGAGUCUGGUGACCUGAGCUAUCGAGAAAGUCUUCACUGCGUCCAGACAGCUUUUCAUAUUCUUUCUGGGCAAGGUGAUGUUCUGAAUAUUGAUCCGAUGAAGUUCUAUACACAUCUGUAUAAAACACUGUUCAAGUUACAUGCAGGUGCUACGAAUGAAGGUGUCGAGAUUCUCCUCCAGUGCCUUGACGUCAUGCUAACUAAGCGCAGAAAGCAGGUUUCUCAGCAGAGAGCCCUUGCUUUCAUCAAGCGUCUUUGUACCCUUGCUCUUCACGUUCUUCCAAAUUCAAGCAUUGGCAUUUUAGCAACUAACAGAAUAUUAAUGCAUACUUUCCCAAAAACAGAUCUGUUGCUUGACAACGAGUCUCAGGGAAGUGGGGUUUUCCUUCCUGAGCUGGAUGAACCUGAGUAUUGUAAUGCUCAGAACACUGCGCUUUGGGAAUUGCAUGCACUACGGAGACACUACCAUCCCACCGUGCAGAGCUUUGCAGCUCACCUGAUUGCCGGAGCCCCCUCUGAAGGCUCGCAAGCGCUCAAACCGGAGUUGAGCCGGAGAUCAGCUGCAGAACUUUUUCAGACAUACAGUAUGGGUGCAAUGACAUUCAAUCCUCCUGUUCAGUCUUCAAGUUCCAAAAAGAAGAGUGAAGUUUUACAAGGGGAUUUGUUUUUGAAUGAAGAUUUAAAUCAGCUAAUCAAAAGACAUUGCGGUGAAGUAGCUACUCACUCACCUCUGGAUUUUGCCAAAUAUUUGAAAACAUCACUGCGGUAGUAGAAGGAGUCAGUGGACUUUCUCUUAUAUUUGUGUUUGAUUCAAUGCACAUAGAGACCUACCGUUACUUUGGGACAUUCUCUUUUUAUACAAGGGAAGCUUCCUAAGAAGAUUAGCAGAGGAGGAAUAAUUACCCUUUGCAUGGCACAGAGUUCUGCCCCAAUUCUGAAAUUGUCAUUAAGAAAGGAGAAUUGAAAACCAUCUACCUGCACAUUUGGAAGUUUUUUAAUGACAUUGCCUUUUUAAAAUGUAAUAUAUAUCUUCGGGCACCUGGGUGGCUCAGUUGGUUGAGUGUGCACAAACAUCGGGCUCCGUGCUAGGUAUGGGGCCUGCUUAAGACUUUUUCUCCCUCUGUCCCAACCCUCAGCUUGUGCCCGUGCAUGCUUUCUCUCUCCUGGUCCCCGCCAUCUCUUUCUCUCUCCCUUUCUAAAAAAAACCCCC